AUGGAGAUCACGGUAAGCAAUUUCGCCUAUCACCUUCCUUCCAUUCUCAAUGAGAUAGCUGCAAGCUGCUUCGUCGCUCUGGAUCUCGAACUAUCCGGCAUUGCCCUCUCUGCCAAGUUCCAGGGCAACAGAUCCCUCCAGAAGCACUACGAAGCAAACAAGGCCGCCGCAGAAAAGUACCAGGUGCUACAGGUUGGAUUGACAACUUGUCGUGAAGACAAAGAAAAAGGGAGCUAUUUGCUCCGGCCUUACAACUUCCCCCUGAACCCGUGUCUGGACCGCAAUCUCAACGUUAAUCGGGAUUGCACUUUGAUGGGCUGGUCCAUGGAAUUCUUGGUCGGUCACAAAUUCGACGUUGGCACGCUCUUCACCCACGGUAUCCGCUAUUUGUCCCGGGAAGAAGAGAUUAUGGCUCGGCAGGAAGCUGCCCGACGAUGGGCUCCCAGCGAGCCCACGGAGGUGAUCGAGGACAACCUCCGUGAUGAGGGAGAUGUCCGUUUUAUGGAGGCGGUCCGGCGUUUGAUUGAUGCGUGGAUGGCCGGAGGGAAGACACGCGGGACCUACAUCACCAUCCCUCCUCUUGACAAUGGGCAGGAACUAGCCCGUCAUAGUAUGCCCAGCGACUUGAGCAAACCCCAGAAAUGGCUCGUGCACAACUUGAUCAAGACCGAGUACCCGGGGCUUAAGACACGGGGUAUGCCUGCAUAUAUCCAGAUUGAGCAGCGCAACGGCGGUGCGAUGGAGUACGAAGCAAGAAUUAGGGAGAGUGACUUCCGCAUUCGAAAGCAUGUGGGAUUCCGGUGGAUUGCAGAGGCUUUGGCCGGUGGCGACCUUUCGAGCCUGGACUCGAGCAUCUUCGAAGGCUUCCUAGGGGAUGUCCAUCCCCCAUCCAUCACAGCAAAAUCACUCUCAGAACGGCUGAAAUGCCGCCUGAAGGAGCAUCGACCCAUUCUCGUCGGUCACAACAGCUUUACCGACAUGGUCUUUUUCUAUAGAUGCUUUCUCGGUCCGCUCCCCAACAAAGUAGAGGACUUCAUCUCCUUGAUCCAUGAGACAUUCCCUGUCAUGAUGGACACCAAGUAUCUGGCGACUCAGGAUUUUGACGCCAUGAACCCGUCCUCCUCACUAGAGGAACUCAACAAAACCUUGGCGAAGAUCAAAACUCCCAAGAUUGAAAUCGAUAGCCUGCAUUCAAAGUACUUGUACAGAGGGUUCGCCCACGAAGCUGGGUACGACAGUAUGCUUACUGCAAUUGCUUUCCUCAAGCUAGCGACUCACCUUGAAGGAGGAAAAGUCCCCAGGGGAAAGAGAGGGCGCCUCGAGGACAUCUCAUAUGGACUUGCCACUCCGACGACCACCCUGGUAGAGGACCUCUUCCCAACCUUCCCUAAGAAUGGUUUCCAAGAGUUCUUCGACACGGAACAAGAGAAAGGAGAAGAACAACAAGCCAAAGAACAUGUCCUGAAGCAUGUUCUGGCGUUUACUCAAUCGAAGAAAAUCAACGACAAGGUGCAACACGGGAUCCUGAUCCCUCGCCUAGGUACCAGCUUCUGGCGCGGGUAUGGGAACAAGCUGCGAGUCUUUGGGGCGACGGAGAAGACUGUGCACUUUGGACCAGUGGAGAAAACUACGUGCUUGAAACCGGUGAAGAAGACGGAGAGCCUUGAAGCAACGAACGGAGCGGUCCAAGUCGACGGGGUGAACGACAAGAAGAACCCUGUGGUGCGGGAGGGCAUUUUGAUCAGCUUCAGCUAGCCGGUCGAUCAGGUUCACGCGGAUCCUGAAUUCGCAGUUGACAGCGUUACGCAGUGGAGGAUGAGGCAGUUUUCGAUGGAAAAAUGAUUUCAUUCAUAUUUGCAAUUAAAAAAAUAUAGUGCUCGUGAAAGCAAUUGGAAUAAUUUGUUACCAAGCCGACUGGCUGGACUGGUGCUGAGAUGUUUGCAACAGCUAUCUAACAGUACACCUUGGAUUAUGUGAAGGUACCGCUAGCGAAAAAUAGCUGCAAUUCGUUCUAAGCACCACUUAAUGAUCGACUGGCCGUGAGAAAAAUUCGAAGACAGUGACGAUAAGGAAACG